ACGUUCUCUGCUUGGGCUGCUGGAUCGGCUCCGUUAUUGAUACAGCUGCGAACUUGGUACCAUGCCAACUUUUUUUUUAUUAUUAGGAAAUUUAAGAUUUGCUACUUGCAUCCACUUCAAUGCUCUCUGCAACCGGCUUUCAAAACCAACCUUAAGAAAACAAGAGAGUUAAUUGCCGAAAAUAGAAGAGGAAUGACUUGUUGAUGAAAGAAGUUUUCUUGACAGUAUUCCUGAAUGACAAAUUUAAAAUAUCCCUGCAUCUAUUUGCAAUCGGAUUGUGCCGGAGGGUUAGGCACGCCGGCUCAAGUGGAAGUACGUGUGAAUGCACGACUGAAGAAUAGGGUGAGGGUGAAGGAAACUUGAGCUUUUGAUGUGCUGGAUCAGGUCUUAAUAGAGGAUACAGUGGAUUAAAUACGACUUGCUCAACUGACCAUUUUAUUGAAAGUGAAGAGACCACUGCGAUGAGUGGUCCUUAAAUGAAAAAAGUCUCACGAUGUUGUUAUCACUUUACAGAUGAGACAAUCUCGAGUUUUGAAGAUAAGAGUGUGUUUGUGCUAAAGGAGAUGGUGAUAGUGUUCAACUGUGAACUUCAAGAACGUAUCCAACUUUCGCAACUAUCAAUAUUGAUAGAGAUCAAUCAGAAAUGAUCACUGCACCAGAAUAAGUCUACAGAAGAAGGAAUUGAAGAAUGGAAUGAAUGCAGGGAGAUCGUGCACUCAUUACCCAGACAUGGGAGGGGGUCUUGCCUUUUGAAUCGAAGCGUCAGCUGUUUUUUAAAAGUGCCUCGAAUUAUUGACUCUGAGAGGGUCGUUGGAACACCAAAGAGCUUUUCUGAACCUGCGCCGAUGACUCCCGCAAGAUUAUCCAGUGGCGAGGUCUCGAGCACGAUCGCGACAUUAGCGGCGUCGGCUGUCGAGUCGAGGAGCUGCUGGAGAGUACUCGAGGAUGGAACUGAGAGGUAGUUGCGUGACAGAAUCGACAACGGCGUGUCAAAGUUAUCGUGAAGGGACUCUUGAGGUAGCCUCGAAGAACGAGGAAGGAGGGGAUCGACUGGGCCCCGGGAUCGGGUCUUGUUGCCCGGAAGGGAGUUUUCCGGGGUCGGGAGGGCGCCACAGAUGCGGGGCCCGGAGGGGCCAGCCCGCGGCGGCGUGACGCGAUGCGGACGCCCUCCACCGCAGCCUCGAGGAAAAGGAGGAAAACGUUUGUCCCUCCCACUGAUCAAGGUCAGCUUCCUACCCUGGAUAGUACGAAGAGGGAUGGAUCCUACGAGGACCCGGAUGCGGCGGAGAAGGACGGCUCUUAUCAGCGUCUCUUUGCUGGAAAAGCCAGAGCUGGAGGAAGAAUCGAGAGAGGAAUUGCUCGGAGUGGAGAAGCGGAGGCGGAGGUCGAGGGUCAUUUUGAGAAGAGCGGAAUCGUCGCAAGAGAGGACAUCUUCGCAACUGAGGAAAGCACUCCGAAGGUUUCGGGUUCUAAGGAGGAUGGAUUUACGAGAAAAACUAGCGAGAAUAAGAGAAUGCGAAAAGAAGGGAAGAAUCGAUUUAGAUCGCUGGCAUUGUCUUGCAUGUUCUUUGGAUUGCUUUUUGGAUACUGGUGGCCCGGAAGGGCGGAAGCUUUCGCGGGCGGACAGAAAUAUAGUACUAGAGUGGUUAGAACGAGAUACGGAACAUUGCGCGGAAUCGUGGCGAGGACGUCCACGGUCGAGGUUUAUUGUGGCGUGCCUUAUGCUACUCCACCCCUUGGAUCCCUGCGGUACAUGCCGCCCGUCACCCCUACACCCUGGCGAGGAACCAAACUCGCGGAUACCAUGCCCCCCGCUUGCCCCCAAAAACCACCGAAACCGGAUCCCAAGUUACCCAGGGGAAGGCGGCUCUACCUUGAGAAGAUCGCCCCGAUCCUAGCCAAUCAAAGCGAAGACUGCCUUUAUCUCAACCUUUAUGUUCCGAGGCCUCCACAUGGUGGCACGCAGGAUCUGGUCCCAGCUUUAUUGCUUGUCCAUGGUGAUUCCUUUACAUGGGGUGCCGGAAAUCCUUUGGACGGAAGUGCUUUGGCUGCUCAUGGUCGCCUAAUUGUUAUUACUAUCAAUUUUCGUCUCGGCGUUUUAGGAUUCUUGAAAACGGGUACGAAAGGAAGUGCUCAAGGAAAUUACGGUCUGAUGGAUUUAGUGGCUGGGCUUCACUGGUUAAGAGAAAAUUUAGCAGCAUUUGGAGGGGACCCUGAACGUGUUGCGGUACUUGGACAUGGUACCGGUGCAGCUUUGGCUAAUUUUUUAGCAGUUUCACCAAUGGCUAAAGAACUCAUUCAGAGGGUUAUAUUACUCGGUGGAUCGGCUCUAUCACCUUGGGCAGUACAACGAGAACCUCUCAUGGUGAAACGUCGCGUAGCAGAAAAGAUUGGCUGUCCUGGAGAUAUUGAUGCUGACGAUAUCGCUCCAUGUCUUCGUCUUCACAACCUUGAGGAACUUCUAGAUAUUCAGCUCGAUACCCCGCGAUUCACAUCUGGUUUCGCACCUUUCGUCGACGGAGCCGUUUUGCCACAAACACCGACCCAGAAUUAUCAGCCUACUGUAUCGUCCAAUGGAUUCAUGCCAUUAACACCGGGACCUGGCGCAGAAUUUGCAACGUUCGGCGAUCGUGAUUUGAUAAUGGGACUUACAUCCGUUGAAGCGUGCUUGGAUUUAUCGGAAGAUGAUUUAGAAAAUGGUUUCAACGAGACAAGGCGGGAUCGAAUCCUUCGCACUUACGUUCGAAAUUCGUAUCGCUACCACCUACACGAGAUUUACUCGACUCUUCGAAACGAGUAUACUGAUUGGGAAAGAGGCGAACAGAGUCCCUUGGCUAUUUGCGAAGGACUCCUUUCGCUUCUUGGAGAUGGUCAGGUGUCAGCUCCUCUUUUGAGACUGGCUCUUCUUCACUCGGCCUCAGGUGGGCGCGGAUAUUUUCUUCAUUUCCAACCUGGCGAUCAACCAAGUCGGAGGGGCGAGGAAAUACCGUAUCUCCUGGGAAUCCCGCUUCUCAGGGGCGAUUCGUCCAAUGUAAUCGCCAGCAACUACACUCUGGUUGACGAAAAUCUGUCGAGGUUGCUUGUACACUAUCUUUCCAACUUUAUACGACGCGGGGAUCCUAACAAAGCUAGUCCUAUGGGCUGGGCGGAUAACAACACAUCAACGAGUCCACCCUUCUGGGAUUCGUAUGACGCCAUAAACCAACUUUACCUCGAGGCUGGUCGAACAACAGAGAUCCGCUCACACUACAGAGGACACAAGAUGAGUCUCUGGUUAAAUCUUCUCCCGCAAUUACAUCGUCCUGGGUACGAGGUUAGCAUGCGGCACCAUCAUCUUAUGGAGAGUGCGAGUUUAUACGAGGGAGCUGUGCGAACCCAGACCAUGGUACUGCCAAUUCCAGCCCCGCCAAUUCCAGUUCCAUCGCCAACUGAGCCAUCAAUGCCUGUCACUGUCUCCACAACCGAGUGCACACCAAACACAACAACCAUGCUUCCAACAACCAUCAAAAGCCAGCCAUCAAAUCUCGGAGUUGGUCCCAAUAAUCUCCUCCGGAAACUAGCAUCAAGUCACUAUCAAAGUUACACCACAGCCCUGACAGUCACCAUCGCUGUUGGAGUCUUCCUUUUGCUUCUGAAUAUCCUUAUCUUCGCAGGGAUCUAUCAUCAACGUGACAGAAGUUUAUCUUCUUCAGGGUUGAGUGGAUUUGGAGAUAAGAAGAAAGAAGAACUUCUGGAAGCUGGCUGUUCUGGAAUCGAAACCUCGAGCAAGAGAAGGCUUUCUACCUUUGCUCUGAGUGACUCACCGUCUUCGAGUCCAACACUUCAUAAAACAAAACUUGUUGACGAGCUGGAGAUGCAGUUGCAGGAGUUUCAGUGUUCACCACCUCCUGGGGGGAAGAGGAUCGUUGAUCCUCCGAUGUACAACAGAAAUAUUUGUGCUCGGAGAUCGAGAACACCAUCACCCUGUGUGGAUGCUACUGUUGCUAGAGACGAUGAUGAUGAUAUUGAUAUUGAUGAUGGUCUUCCAGAACCUCCGCCCCCACCAAAAGCUCCAGCUCCCAACAUUCUGGCUUGUCCUGGAAUCCUGAGACAACCAGGAACGCCUGGAAGUGCCAAGAAACGAGUCCAAAUUCAAGAAAUAUCGGUUUGAAUCUGGCGAUAUGAGUCAAGAUAACAAUCUCGCCCGUAGGCUAGCCUCGAUUAGGUGGGUAUGCAGAUAAAAAGAAAGGAGAAGUUCUGGUAGCUGGCUUUAAGCGACUUACUAUCGUCAAGUCCAACACCUCAUGAAACAAACCUUGUUAAUCAGCUGAAGAUGCAGUUGCAGACGUUUCAUUACUUACCACCUCUGGGAUGAAACAGAAUCAUUGAUAUACUGAUUAACAACGGAAAUAUUUUUGGGUAGAGAUUCAGAAAACAUUUCGACCUCAGUUUGGGAAUUCUAAGACAACCAGGAAUUCCUGGAUGUGACAAGACACAUGUCCAAAUUCAGGAAAUAUCGAUGUGAAAUGUUGAUAAGAUAGUGAUACGGAUUUAGAAGCUAUGCUUCUAAAAAACUUUCGAAAGUUCGUGUUCGUUACUAGAAGUUAUUUUAAAAGAAAUUUAAAUGAGAAUGUGCCAGUUAUUUACAAUCAAUCUCUUGAUUGACAGAGUUGGUGCUGAGAAAUUAGAUAUAAAGGAGACACAUGGAAUUUAUUAUGCGAAUGCAACAUGGGAUUGAUGUGACCUCAAAAAGAGAAUAGCCAUUUGCGGCUCUGAUAGCAGUUAUCUCAGCAUCAAGCUGAAUUACUCGAGGAAUUGGGCAUGUCGACUACUGGUUUCAAUUGCAAGAAGAAAGUUGCGUGAUGUGCAGAAUCCUAUACCACAGAAAGUGAAAUGGAAGUUGUGUGUUGUGCCGAAAUAGAUCAUAAUAAUUUUGUGGAUAAUUGUUGUGAAGUGAAAGGAGUGCGCGGGUCCAUCCUAAUAUAUUUUUUUCAAGGGAUGCUUACAAGUCUCAAGCGAAUGAGCUCCUACAUAUAAAACAUUGAAAGUUAUUUCCCUAGGAUUGUAUAAGAAAAUUGACUCAUGUCAAGAGAAUGCUAAUUCAUCAAGAGAGAUCCUAAUAAACUUUAAGACUGAGUUUAGCUUUGUCAAAAUACGUAAUAAUAGUUGAUACGUGAAAUAAACGCACAAGGCAUCCAAAUUGUAAAUAGAAAGGAUAGCUUCUAUCUGGAAACCCUUAAUUGUAAGCAUCCCUAAUGUGUAAAAAACACCCAUGCUAGGGGCCAUCCUAAACUAGGUUAACUAGAAAGAAAGACGCUCGUGUCAUUUCAUCAAGUGUCGUUUCAGCAAGUUUCUGUACAUCAUUGUUUGUAUUAUGAACUGUACGGAGAGAAGGUUGUGGCUAGGAAAGUGUUACGUCCACGUUAUAAUUGAGAAACCGAUCCUCAAACAAGUCUAAAGUUAGCUUCAUGUUGGUAGACAUUUUUGUGCUUUUUGGGUUAUUGUUGUCUGUUACUUUGUUUGAUGAUUCGGAAAGGUGUCGUGUAUCGAAAUAGGAGCGAAGAAGGAAUUGGGCAAAUGGUCACUGUAUGGUGGAUCAACUCCAAAACAAAUUUAAGAAUGACCCAGUUACCAUUUUACAUAUAUACAUAUACGAGUUACACGUUUAGAAUAAGCAUAUACAGAUACAGAUACACGUAUAUCUACGUGACUGCGUUCGCACGUGCACUCAUAAAAACGAGUCUAUCAAUGUUUCGAAUGUUGGAGUUUGU